AUCGGUCGAUAGUCCAUCCCUAUAUCCGAAACAGGCUGGCAGCACGAAAUAGCAACGAGAAUUUUAAACAAAACAAAUAUCUUGUGUGUUUUAAAGAAAAUGGACAUAACACAAGUUUGUCGUAUUUGUGCCAACCAAAUCAAGAACGCAAAUACCCAGCGCAACAUAUUCAAAUACAUGCGCGGGAAGCUAUGGAACCAACUUAAGCUGAUUACUGGUGUCGAGUUGACUACCGACCAAGGACUGCCAGAGGGUGCAUGUGAACGAUGCCAGUCGGAAUUGGACCUGGCGAUGAAGUUUCGAGAGCGUUGUAUUUUUUCUCAAAAAUAUUUGCUGGAUAUAAAACAGAAGGAGAAAAGCAAACCCAAACAUAAAACCACACCGGCUGAGCUAGAGGAGCAGCUAAUCGAUGCGGAUUUUAUAAAGCCUGCAGAAUUUGAAGUAUGCGUAGUAGAAAACUUCGAUGACGAAAUCUCGGAUGACGAUGAUCCACAAGCUUCUGUCAUGGCCGCAGCAGAGGCCGCCCACCAGGCGGAAAUUCGGGAGCAACAAUUAGAACGGGCCGCUAAAAGACACAGAAAUUUCUUUAUAUGUGACCUUUGUGGCCACUUCUUUAAAGAUGAGUACCUAUACAACAGUCACGUUGCAGCGCAUGAGUGUCGCAAGGAAAUGAAGGACUUCUUCCCAUGCAAUGAGUGUCCACUUCAUUUUAAUAAGAGAGUACUAUUAAGGCAGCACCGUGCUCAGUGCCACAUUGAAAACGCCACGUUCAAGUGCUUCACUUGUGGCGAGAUUUUCCUUUCUAGGGGAGAUAAGCUACGUCACCAAAAGGCCCAUGAAAACGAACGACCAUACCCUUGUUUAGAAUGCGGAGAGGUGUGCAAUAGCGUUCAAGAACUUCAGCAGCAUAGUUCGACCCACCCGCCUCCAAAGCGAAAAUACAGAUGUGAGCCUUGUUCUAAGGACUUUUCUUCACGCAAGGAUUUAAUGACGCAUUCGAGGACUAAGAUUCACAAGCGCUUGGUCAGAAAUAUGGAAGAAGAAAUGGAAUUAACAUAUGAAAGCUAGAACAAAUGAAAAAAGCUGGAACUUUAGUUUUAUUUUUCGCAAAAUUACUUCUCGACUGGUGUUCAUCAUGAAAUAAAUAAUUUCAUUGCCAAACUU